ACGAACCUCUCUUGUUCCACCACCCGCGUAAACAGCCUCAUUCUUAUACCUCUGGGGGAUCAUUUCCUUUUUCUCACUUUUUUCCUACUUCUCUUUUCCUUCCAUUGCUCUUCUUCAAACCAAUUAUUUCCUUUUUCCCUUCUCGAUUUUCUAUUCUUGUCUUCUGGGAACGGGUAUUAUCUGAUUGGGUUUGGGAUUUUCCUUCAGCACGAUCUCAAAUCGCAUAGUAUAGAUAUCAAUCUGCCUAUACUAUAACAACAAGGAAGAAACGGGUCAAGGAAAACAGUUCAAUUUUCUCCGGACCAAUCUUUAUUACCUAAGAACUUCAACCUUGUCAUCCUCACUUCAACCCCGAAAUCAAGAUGUACGGCUCAACAAUAUUAGCCACCUUCCUGGGUGCCUCGACCGUUUUCGCCGCGCCAACCUGGCCACUUCUUCACCCGGGGCUCACCAAUACCGUUGGACAUGAGACUGUAGCAGACUACUUCAACCUGUUGGCGCAGAAGAUCGAUAUCGCCAAGCUGUCUAAGAGCAUACCAAAAUGUGACAUCUCCAAGGCCAAGAUUCCAACCUUGGCUGCCAACCCUCUCCCAACACCAGACUCAGGGCUCGUAGUAAAGCACGUAGCUAUCGGUCGUGGCACGCAGAACUAUACCUGUGAUGCCAGCAAGCCAACAGAGGCCCCCACGGCCAACGGCGCUGUAGCAACCCUUUUCGACGCCUCAUGCAUAGCAGCCGCCUACCCCGAUCUUCUGCACAUGCUCCCCAAGCUGGCGCUGCAAUUCGACCUUCCCUACAGCCCGCUCUCCGACGACAACUCGAAGAAGAUGGGGCCCACCGAGCUCAUCGUGUCAGGGAAGCAUUUCUUCACCAACUCGACGACGCCCUUCUUCAACCUUGACACGAAGCGCAAGCAGAUCGGCGAGGCCCCUUGCUCCAAGCUCAACGCAACCGCUGCCCCUGCCGACGCGCCCAAGGGCCGCAAGGGCGAGAUCGCCGUGCCCUGGCUGCGUCUUGCCGCCAACCCGGAUGCCACGGGCGGUCUGCACCAGGUCUUCCGCGUCGAGACGGCCGGCGGCAGCUCCCCCGCCACAUGCGAGGGCCAGCCCGCCGCGUUCACGGUAGAAUACGCGGCUGAAUACUGGUUCUACGGCUCUACCUAAAUACAAACAACACCACCACAGAGAAAGAAAUGGACGAUGAGACCAGGAAUAAGACGUAUAUAUAUACAGCACACGCACCGAGAAUCCCCUUACUUAACUCGGGAACGUGCAUAAUGGGAACAAAGGGGUGUAGAGGAGAAAGACACCCCACCUCCUUACUCACUGGUCACGAUAUGAAUGUGGAUGAGAUGAGAAAACUCACGAAGGAAGUGAGAGAGAGGAGAACAUUAGGGCGUUUUGUGCGGAAACUUUAUUUUUUAACUAUUUGCCUUUUUUUAUAUUGAUUCCCCUUCUUCGAAUAUACUUUUUCUAUUCCCCCCCCCC